GAGUGGGAAAUGCACUCUACACAUGCUCAGAAACCUCACACCCCAUCCUAUGGGAAGCCUUAGGAAACCUUUGGCAUUCGCCUCCUGUUGACAGGAAAGGAAAUACACUCUGCACAUGCCCAGAGGAGGUUGGGGGAAUUGUUAAGUCCAAUGCUGUGUUUAUCUUCUUUAAAGGUGCGCGGCCCCUUUAAGGGGGAGAGGUGGGUGACGUCACUGGCUUGCAGGUAAUGAGCCUACGAAGGUUCCAAGCCCAGAAAGGGGGCGUGGCUUAGGCAGGAAGUGGUCCUUUGAUGCUGGCUGCUUUGCAAACAAUGGAGCUGCAGGAUCAGCGGAUUCCGGCCGAACAAAAGGCGCAUUGAGCGGGGAUCGGAUUUGGGGAGGCCAGGGUGAAGUGGCCCGGUCGGUCACGAAGAAAUGAAGAAACGUUGGCCCUGAGGAGAUGAACCCGGGCCUCCCGUGACGGAGGAUGGUCGCAAAGGCCGUGCCGCUCCUGAACGAUGGGAUUUGCAAUCCAACUGGCGCUGCUGAUGUGGAAGAACUUCACCUACCGGCGCCGGCAGAAGGUACAACUAGUCAUUGAAAUCCUGUGGCCUCUCUUCCUAUUUUUCAUCCUCAUCUCGGUGCGUCGGACUCAUCCGCCGUUCGAACAACAUGAGUGCCACUUCCCCAACAAGGCUCUCCCGUCGGCCGGGACUCUCCCGUGGAUCCAGGGCAUCGUCUGCAACGUCAACAAUCCUUGCUUCCGGUACCCGACGGACGGAGAAGCUCCGGGCCUCGUGGAGAACUUCAACCAAUCCAUCCUCUCCCGCCUCUUCGUCGACACUCAAAAGAUACUCCACCGACUCAAUGACCCAACAAUACAGACGAGUCUCUCCAGGCUCCUAUCCGCCUUGGGCCAGAUGGGCAACGAAGGACGUUCGGCACCGACCCUACAGCUCAAGGCCCUUCUGAAAGAGAACGAGAGCUUCUCCCAGUUCCUCCGAACGAACGCCUCUUUCCCGCCCGACUUGGUGGACGAACUCCUCGCAUCUCGACUCAACUUACGAGUGUUCUCCCUCGCUGGCAUGCCGUUGAAGCGGAUCGUCUGCAACGCGUCGCUCCUCUCGGAAUUUCUGGCGGCUCCGAAUGCCGGGGCGGCGGAGCGGGUGCAACAGGGUCUCUGCGCUUUGCCGGAGGCCACCUUGGAAGCCUUGGAGCGCCGUUUCUUCUUGGAGGCGGAUUGGGUGAAAGUCCUGGCGGAUCGUCUCGGCUCCGGAUCGGUCGACAUUGCGAAUGCCGUGGACGCCUUCCGUCUUUUCCUCCGAGGGAUCGAACCGUUAGCCAAGGAGGUCUCCUCGUUUUCCAGCUUCGCCGACUUCCGCGACAAUCUCCGCGCCUUCUCCGGCCCGUCGCCCGCCUCGGCGUUCGCCUCCGUGUCGCGGAUUUUCUGCGGGGAUCCCGACCGAGGGGGGCUCAAGAUCCCGUCGUUAAACUGGUACGAGGACAACGACGUCCGGAGUUUCCUCGCUCGCAACGGCUCCGCGAGGACGUCCAUCCCCUUGGGCAACUCCAGCAGUUCCUUCUGCCAAGAUCUGGUCCAGAGUCUCGAAUCCAGUCCGCUCACGAGGAUCUUGUGGCGAGGAAUCAAGCCGCUGUUUGUUGGCAAAAUCUUGUACGCCCCGUCGACGCCGUCGACGAGAAAAGUGAUGGCGGAGGUGAACCGGACCUUUCAGAACCUCGCCGUUUUGCGCGACGUAAAGGGAGCUUGGGAUGAGUUGGGACCUCGCGUUUACACCUUCAUGAACGCGAGCCUCGAAUUGGGCGCGAUCCAGAGUUUGCUGGACACUCCCGGUGUCGUCCAGUUGUUGGAACAACAGCUUCAAGGGACAUCGUGGAACUUGACAACCAUUAAGGAGUUCUUGUCUCCCGACGCCGAAAGUCCGGGAUACACUUGGCACAAAGCCUACGCCGCCGUGGACAGCGGCAUUAGGACGUUGUCGCAGUUCACUGAGUGUGUCUCGUUGGACAAGAUUGAGGCGGCCGCUUCGGAGGAUCAGCUCGUUGAACGUGCCUUGCAGUUGCUGGACGAUCGCCGCUUCUGGGCCGGAGUCGUCUUCCUGCCGCCGGACAACCGGAGCAAAUUGGACUCCGACCUUCCCCGCCAUGUCCGCUUCAAAAUCCGGAUGGACAUCGACGACGUCACCCGGACCAACAAGAUCAAGGACAGGUUUUGGGAUCCGGGACCCGCCGCCGACCCCUUCAACGACUUGCGUUACGUCUGGGGCGGCUUUGUUUACAUUCAGGAUCUGGUGGAGCAAGCCAUAUCGCGGGUCCUUGCCGGUCCCUUGUCGCCACAACGCCGUAUGGGGGUCUACGUCCAGCAAAUGCCUUAUCCCUGCUACGUCGACGAUAUCUUCCUGCGGGUCUUGAACCGCUCCUUGCCCCUCUUCAUGACGCUGGCCUGGAUCUACUCGGUGGCCAUGAUCGUCAAAGGUGUGGUCCACGAGAAGGAGGCCCGGCUGAAGGAGACCAUGAAGAUCAUGGGCCUCAGCAACGGCAUCCUGUGGCUGAGCUGGUUCCUCAGCAGCUUCAUCCCGUUCCUCAUCAGUUCCGCGCUGCUCGUCCUCAUCCUCAAGGUCGGAGACAUCUUGCCCUACAGCGACCCGGCCGUGGUCUUCCUUUUCUUGGCCGCUUUCGCCGUGGCCACCAUCUCCCAGUGUUUCCUCAUCAGCACCUUCUUUUCCCGCGCCAACCUGGCCUCGGCGUGCGGCGGCAUCGUCUACUUCUCCUUCUACCUCCCUUACGUCUUGUGCGUCGCGUGGCGGGACCGCAUCACCUUCCCCUUGAGGCUCUUCGCGAGUUUCUUGUCCCCGGUUGCGUUCGGCUUCGGAUGCGAGUAUUUCUCCCUCUACGAAGAGCAAGGCGUCGGCAUCCAAUGGCAGAACUUGAACGCGAGCCCCGUGGAAGGCGACCGCUACACCUUCGCCACGUCGGGUGGUUUGCUCCUCCUGGACGCCCUGUUAUACGGAGUGGCGACUUGGUACAUCGAAGGCGUGUUCCCAGGCCAAUACGGCAUCCCGAAACCGUGGAAUUUCCCCAUCCUGAAGAGUUACUGGUUUGGAGAAUCCUCUACCAACGGUUCCCCGCAUCCGAUUCCGACAAGUGUUUUCAACUCAACCAAAGCGAUCGUGGAGGACCCGCCGACGCAGUUCAAAGUCGGCGUCUCUAUCCGCAACCUGGUGAAGAUCUACCACAGCAGCAGCAAAAUUGCCGUCAAUGGGCUCAGCCUGGACUUUUACGAGGGACAGAUCACCUCCUUCCUGGGACACAACGGGGCCGGCAAGACCACCACCAUGUCCGUCUUAACUGGCCUUCUGCCUCCCAGUUCCGGCACGGCAUACAUCCUGGGCAGGGACAUCCGUUCGGAGAUGGACCUCAUCCGCAAGACGCUGGGGAUGUGUCCGCAACACAACGUCCUCUUCGACAUCUUGACCGUGGAAGAGCACAUUUGGUUCUACGGGCGCCUGAAGGGCCUCUCCGGGCAGCAAGUCCGAGACGAGAUGGAACAAAUCAUCCAGGACGUGGGGUUGCCCCACAAACGCCGAGAACAGACCAAACGCCUGUCGGGCGGCAUGCAGCGCAAGCUCUCAGUGGCCAUUGCUUUUGUGGGCGGCUCCAACGUGGUCAUCCUGGACGAGCCCACAGCCGGUGUCGACCCAUACUCCCGCCGCGGCAUCUGGGAGCUCCUGCUGAAGUAUCGGGCAGGUCGAACGGUCAUCCUGUCCACCCAUUAUAUGGAGGAGGCCGACUUACUGGGUGAUCGGGUGGCCAUCAUUUCCCGCGGCCGGCUCUGUUGUUGCGGCUCCUCGCUCUUCCUCAAGACCAAGCUGGGCACAGGAUACUACCUGACCCUGGUCAAGCGAGAGGCCGGACGGGGGGCUAACAACGGUGUCAUGGUGGUCAACGAAAAGGUGGGGAGCAAUUCCGAAGUGAGCUGCGAUACUGGUUUAGGGAGCGAACCCAACAGUGAAGCCAUUGCUCCAGAUAUCCAUCAACUGACGUCACUCAUCCAGAAGUUGGUCCCGGGUUCAAAGCUGGUGGAGGAUAUUGGCCAGGAGGUCCUCUAUGUUUUGCCGUAUAACGGAGCCAAAGACGGGGCCUUCGGGGCUCUUUUCGAAGAACUGGACGCUCACCUGGCUGAGCUCGGCAUCUCUGGAUAUGGCAUUUCGGACACCAGCUUGGAAGAGAUCUUCUUGAAAGUGGCGGAGGACACCAACGUGGAUGCUGCAGGGGAUCCCAAGGACCUCAGGACGACCACACCGGACUCUGCUUAUACCCUCAAGUCGUUGAACGAAGAGACGGAAGCAGUUGAGGCUGAACUGGCCAAAGGAUCUAAGAAAGACGGAAUCGAGGAAACGGAUCCCCUUCGUGGUGCCGGACCCCGCACCUCGUCCCACUUGACCGGAUGGGCCUUGACUUGGCAACAGCUCCGCGCGCUUUUCGCCAAGAGGCUCCUUUACGCCCGGCGGAGCAGGCGGGGAUUCUUUGCGCAAAUUGUCCUCCCCGCCGUCUUCGUCUGCAUCGCCCUCCUCUUCAGCCUCAUCGUCCCGCCGUUCGGCGAGUACCCUCCUCUGCCGCUCGAACCCUGGAUGUACGGGCCCCAGUUCACCUUUAUCAGCGACGACUCGCCGGGGGAUCCCGAUUCGGCCCGCUUGUUGGAAGCCCUUCUCGCCGAUCCGGGUUUCGGCACCAAGUGCAUGAAGGGCGGAGACGGUCGGAUUGAUUUGUGCCAAAGGCCGGCAUCCCACAGCUUUGAGAUGCCGGACAUCCCCGGUUCCGUGGCCGAGGUUUUCACGAAAGGCAACUGGACGAUGGCUGACCCGUCGCCGGCGUGCAUUUGUAGCCAUUCCUCGUCCCGCAAAAUGCUUCCCGAUUGUCCUGAAGCCGCUGGAGGGCUGCCCCCGCCACAGAUGCAAAGGAUCACCGGCGACGUCCUCCACAACCUCACCGGCCGGAAUAUUUCUGACUACUUGGUGAAAACCUACCCCAAAGUCAUCCGCAAAGGGCUCAGAACCAAAAAAUGGGUCAACGAACAGUGGUAUGGCGGAUUGUCUUUGGGAGCCCGCAGCUCACAGGAGUUCCCAUCGUCCACGGAGGUGGUGGCUGCCACGAAGGUCUUCCGCAGCCUCCUUUCCGUACCAAAGGGGAGUUCGCUCGACCGAUUGCUGCAUAACCUGGUUGGUUUUGUUGACGGGUUGGCUACGCGUCAGAAUGUGAAGGUCUGGUUCAACAACAAAGGCUGGCACGCCAUGGUUUCAUUCGUCAACGUGGCAAGCAAUGGGAUCCUAAGGGCCCGCCUGCCGGUUGCGGACAACGGUCCGUAUUUUGGCGUUACGGCCAUCAACCACCCGCUCAAUUUGACCAAAGAGCAGCUCUCAGAGGCAGCAUUAAUGGCCACUUCGGUGGACGUCUUGGUCUCCAUCUGCGUCAUGUUCGCCAUGUCCUUCGUCCCGGCGAGCUUCGUCCUCUUCCUGAUCGAAGAACGUGUCACCAAAUCCAAGCAUCUUCAGAUCGUCAGUGGGAUGAAACCAGUGGUCUACUGGUUGGGGAACUUUGCCUGGGAUAUGUGUAACUACCUCGUUCCGGCCGUCUUGGUGGUGUUCAUUUUCCUGUGUUUCCAGCAAAAGUCGUACGUCUCGGCGGCCAACCUCCCGUCUCUCGUUCUGCUUCUGCUUCUUUAUGGCUGGUCCAUAACGCCCCUGAUGUACCCGGCCUCCUUCUUCUUCAGCAUCCCCAGCACGGCGUACGUGGCCCUGACCUGCAUCAACCUCUUCAUCGGCAUCAACGGGAGCGUGGCCACCUUCGUCCUCGAGCUCUUCACCGACCAGACACUGAACGACGUCAACGUCAUCCUUAAGAAAGCGUUCCUCAUCUUCCCGCACUUCUGCCUCGGCCGCGGACUGAUCGACAUGGUCAAGAACCAAGCCAUGGCGGAUGCCUUUGAGCGAUUCGGUGACCAAAAGUUUGUGUCUCCGCUGAGUUGGGAACUGGCCGGGAAGAACAUUUUCGCCAUGGCGGUCGAGGGUGUCCUUUUUUUCUGCUUCACCCUCUUGAUGCAAUACAAAUUCUUCCUCCCUCUCCGAUUUUUUCCCGUUGAACUACCUCCGUUGGGAGAAGAGGAUGAAGACGUGGCCAAAGAAAGGCAGAGGAUCACCAGGGGAUCUCCACAGAGGGACAUCUUGGUCCUACAAGAUCUCACCAAGGUCUACCGGAGGAGUAAGAAGCCGGCGGUGGAUCGCUUAUGCCUGGGGAUUCCCGCAGGAGAGUGUUUUGGUCUUCUUGGGGUGAAUGGCGCCGGGAAGACGUCAACGUUCAAAAUGCUGACGGGCGACUCGGACGUGACUUUGGGCAAAGCCUUCCUGAAAGGUUACAGCGUGGUCAAGGACCUGCAGGUGGUCCACCAGAACAUGGGCUAUUGUCCUCAGUUUGACGCCAUCAACAGCCUCUUGACCGGCCGGGAACACUUGACCUUCUACUCUCGCCUGCGAGGGGUUCCUGAGAAUGAAAUUCCAGGGGUGGUGAAAUGGGGACUGGCGACCCUCGGACUGGUGCAGUACGCAGACCGACUCGCCGGCCGAUACAGCGGCGGCAACAAGCGCAAGCUUUCGACGGCCAUCGCUCUCAUCGGUGCCCCGCCGGUUAUUUUCCUGGACGAGCCCACAACUGGGAUGGACCCCCAGGCCAAGCGUUUCUUAUGGAACUGCAUCCUUGGGGUGAUCAGAGACGGCCGAUCCGUGGUACUCACGUCCCACAGCAUGGAAGAGUGUGAAGCGUUGUGCACCCGAAUGGCCAUCAUGGUGAACGGAUGUUUCCGGUGCCUUGGGAGUGUGCAACAUUUGAAGAACAGGUUCGGCGACGGAUACACUAUUAUUCUCCGGGUCUCCGACUCGGAAACGGCUCCCUUGGAGACCCUGAUCCGGGACUCAUUCCCCGGCGUGGUCCUCAAGGAGAAGCACCACUGCACCCUCCAGUACCAGCUCCCGUCCAGCACUUGCUCUCUGGCCAAGAUCUUCGGCACUCUCGCCGCCCACCGGAACGACUACCGCAUUGAGGACUACUCCGUCUCACAGACGACCCUCGACCAGGUGUUCGUCCACUUCGCCAAAGAACAAAGUGAUGGCGCUCCAGCCGCUGACCGCUCUGAAACGGCACCCCGACCUUGGCGCAGAAUGUUGCGAUUCUUGGAGGACAGAAACGUCCAAGAGACGAGGGUCUGAGAAAGUGGUUCGGAUCCCGGACAGCGAACCAAUCGUCCCCGAAGCUGGGCUUUGUGUUAUGGGGGCUCGUCCGGGCUUUCCUUGCGCUUGCGGAAGCUGCCUGUCCAAACAAAGGAGGGGAGUGUUUGGGCAGGGGACGUUUUCUCGCCUGUAGAGAUCCGGACCCUCAGAAAUCGCGGUCGGGACUUCCCUUGUCCCUGUGUCUCUAUAUCUUUACGACCGUUCCCCGUCCUCGUUACCGUUCUGUGUGAUAAGAAACAGACUUUCCGAAUUGGGAGAGUCGUCGGGACUAUCGCUCCCCUUGCUUUUUUUUUGCGGCAUUAUUUGCACUUUCGGAAACACUGGUGUUUGGGAUGCAAUCAUAUACGUGGUGAAUGUACACUCUGCACUUUGAAGGAAUGGUAGUCGUCAUAAAAACAAAAGGAACAAUCAAACCAGGAGGGAAGGGAGACAGACAGCCUUCCUUCCUUCUUUCCUUCCUUUCUUUUUUACUUCCUUCCUUCUUUGUCUUUCUUUCCUCCUUUCCUUCCUCCUUUCCUUCCUUCCUUCCUUCCUUCCUUCCUUCCUUCCUUCCUUCCUUCCUUCCUCCUUUCCUUCCUUCCUUCCUUCCUUCCUUCUUUCCUUCCUUCCUCCUUUCCUUCUUCCCUUCUUUCCUUCUUUCCGUCCUUCCUCCCUCCCUCCCUCCCUCCCUUUUUCUUCCUUCCUUCCUUCCUUCCUUCUUUCCUUCCUCCUUUCCUUCCUCCUUUCCUUCCUUCCUUCUUCCCUUCUUUCCUUCUUUCCGUCCUUCCUUCCUUCCUCCCUCCCUCCCUCCCUCCCUCCCUCCCUCCCUUUUUCUUCCUUCCUUCCUUCCUCCUUUCCUUCCUUCUUUCCUUCCUUCCUUCCUUCCUUCCUUCCUUCCUUCUUUCCUUCCUUCCUUCCUUCUUUCCUUCCUUCCUUCCUUCUUUCCUUCCUUCCUUCCUUCUUUCCUUCCUUCCUUCCUUCUUUCCUUCCUCCUUUCCUUCCUUCCUUCCUUCCUUCCUUCCUUCCUUCUUUCCUUCCUCCUUUCCUUCCUUCUUUCCUUCCUUCUUUCCUUCCUUCCUUCCUUCCUUCCAUCCUUCCUUCUUUCCUUCCUUCCUUCCUUCCUUCCUUCCUUCCUUCCUUCCUUCCUUCCUUCCUGUCUUUCCAUCACCUUCUCUUCCCUCCAUUUCCUUUCCCCCUUUUCUUCGUUUCCGUCUUUCCUUCCAGUCCGUUUUCCUCUCCUUCUUGUCCUCUCCAAAUCCAUUCUCUCAAAGACAGUCACAAUCUUCCUAUGUACUAUGCAGCUUUCUUUCCAUUAUCUUCCAUCCUUCAUUCUCUCUCCGGCUACCUGUUGCAGUAAAAUAUCACAACGGCAUCCAUGGCAACCAAGGAGAAGGAUAAUAAACCCGCCGCCCGGCAUAAGACGCUC